UUUUAUAUGAUUGUUUUAAACAAUAUUUUCAUUUGGAAUAUAAGCUUUAUACGCGGUUUUAUAUAAGCUUAGAAAACCGGGGCAAAAUUCACAGUCGCACCAAAUAAACAUGGCCGCCUCCCCGCCGUCAGACGUGUGUGUAGUAAAUAUGGAGGAACAAAUGGACUCUGCGAUGGAAACGAAUGAGCCCUCGACCACAGAGAAUGGAGGGGAACCCGAAAAGAAAACACUACACAAAACUGAACCGGAAACGGAGGACACUUUUAAAAAACCGGCUCUUUUCGCAGCGCCUUCCUUCACCAGCAAACGCAGUAACGUCGCAGCUCCGUCCAAACCGACAACGGCAGCCGAAACAAAACAUGUGAAAGAAAAUAACGGAGCUGAAGCUGUAGACACUACUAGCGAGGAUUCUGCGGAUACUGUGAAUGAAAACAAAACCACAGAAAGUGCCCAAGAAGAGGAUAAGAAAGAGAAGAAUGUGGCACCUGUUAAAACCAAGCCAGAAGCGAAACCCAGGGUGCUCCCUAAAGCACCCCCAACUGGGAAAUUCCCCCCUAUCCCAUACACAGAGCCGCCCUGGGGUGGCAAGGCUCCAGAUAUACCCUAUGCUCUGGAGAUCCUUAAAAAUGGCACCAUUGUAGACAAGGUACCCCUCACAGAGAAAGGUUACUUUGUAGUUGGACGUUUACCUGUGUGUGACGUCUCCUUGGAGCAUCCCUCCAUCUCCAGGUACCAUGCAGUGAUCCAGUACCGCAGAGAGGCUGGAGAGGGAGAGUCUAUCGGGGAGGAGACAGGGUUUUAUGUCCAUGAUCUGGGCAGCACACAUGGCACUGUGGUGAACAAGAACAAGAUUCCCCCUAAGACCUACAUCCGGCUCCGUGUGGGACAUGUCUUGAAGUUUGGUGGGAGCACAAGACUUUUUAUCCUGCAGGGUCCAGCGUCUGAUGAGGAAGAGGAGUCUGAGCUCACAGUGACAGAGCUGAGGGAGAAAGCCCGAAAACAGAAGGCAGAGCUGGAGAAGAGGAUGAUGGGAGAAGGUUCUGACGAUGAUGAUGAUGAGGAGGAGGAGAAGAAGAAAAAGGAGGGAGACGGGCAAGGGGAAAGCAACAAGGGCCAGGGCAAACUGUCAAACGAAGACUCAGGCUGUUCCUGGGGAAUGGCUGAGGAGGCUGUUCCAGAGGAAGACGAGAACGAGGAAAACCCUUUCUCAACAGAGUUCCAGGAGGACCAGGAGGCUGCCUACCUGAAAGAUCCGAAGAAGGCUUUGCAGGGUUUCUAUGACAGGGAAGGAGAGGAGCUGGAGUUUGAGUACGAAGACAAAAGCCAUGGCACCUGGCUCUGCAGAAUAAAGCUUCCGGUGGACGAUGCCCAUGGCCGGCAGUUGGUUGCAGAGGUGACCCACGUAGGAAAGAAGAAAGAAGCAGCCAUCCAGUGCUGCCUGGAGGCUUGUCGGAUGCUGGAAGCUAGAGGGCUGCUCCGCCAGGAAGCAGUGUCCCGUAAGCGCAAGAAGAAGAACUGGGAGGAUGAGGACUACUACGACAGUGACGAUGACACCUUCCUGGAUCGAACCGGCACUGUGGAGAGGAAGAGGCAGGAGAGGAUGAAGAAGGCAGGAAAGGUUGAGGAGCGACCUCAGACCUAUGAAUCAUUGGUGGCCAAACUGUCAGAGGUGGAGAAGGAGCUGGCAGAGACUCAGAAAAAGCUGAGUGUUGGGAGGGGAGACUCCUCCGGCUCUUCCACUGAGGACCCCCUGGACGCCUUCAUGACCGCAGUGCGAAGCGAGGCAUCGAUGGACGGCGUGGAGCGCAGGAAGCUUCAUAUCCAUGCAGCCGACCUACGCAGAGACGCUCAGAGGCUCCGCAAGCUGGUGGAACUCACCCGGCCCGCCCAGCUGCCCUCACUGCUGGCCAGUGGGAGCUCAGAGUCAGAGAAGCCUAAAAAGACUUUACCGUUGUUUGGAGCCAUGAAGGGAGGAAGUAAAUUUAAACUGAAGACUGGCACCAUUGGGAAGUUGCCUCCGAAGCGCCCCAACUUACCCGCAGAGCUCUUCAACAUGAAACAACUUCCACCCAGUGGAGAGGAGGAGGAAGUGGAAGAAGAGGAGGAGGAGGCGGCGGCAGCAGAGAAAUAUGAGGAUAAUGAUGAUGAUGAUGCAGCUAUUACUGAGACUAAUGUUGACUCUGAAGAGUCCAGUGCAUCCAGGUUUCAAGAGAGCACCCCUUCAGAGCAGCGAAGACAGAAAACUGCACCGGCAAAAGAGCCAAAAGAGCAGAGAGGUGAGGACUCAGCUGCAGCAGGGGAGCAGCUUCUCCAGCGCAGCAGCACCAAGGCUGCGGCCCCAUCCAGUCUAGAGUCCAAAGCAGGAGACGACAGAGAGCCAACAGCUGGGCCCAGCCCAAGAAAGAAGAAGAAAGCAAUCGGACCCAGCAGACCACCUGGGCAGCUCUCAGGGCCGUAUCCAGAGGACGAUCCUGAUUAUUGUGUCUGGUUGCCUCCAACAGGUCAGAGUGGAGAUGGCCGCACACACCUAAACGACAAGUACGGCUACUGAGGGAAAAACAUAAGAGAGAGAGCUCUUGUGUCUCCACUCCAGCAGCUUUUAUACUGCAGAUAAUACCUGCAACACAAAGCCUCCAGUCUCCUUAGCUCUGACUAUUAACCCUCUCUACCCAUCACCGUCUGUGUGUGUGCUUCAGCUGAGAAGAGCCUUACAAACCCCGAGGCCUGUGACAGAUCAGCGGCUUGCAGAGGGACCAUGCUGCACCUUUUUUUUACUAUCUUUUGGGGAUAUUUGCAGACUGCCAUAAACAAAAAGCACACCAAUUCACAUUAAAUUGGCAAGCUUAGGGAGCAGACACUGGGCAGUCAGCCCGCUGGCACUUUUCACCCAUGACAAUAAUAGAGACGGGUAGCACUUGAAUUUUGUCCUUUUUUUAAUUUAAAUUCUAUAUCAUCCAGGCAGAAAUGGAAAGUGACAGAGCAGGAGCGGUAACUGAUCUGAAUUCAGCUUUUCUGGUCUUUGGCUGCUCUUCUUGCAGUUAAAUCCACCUGACAUCCAAUCUGUAUCCCUCCCCUAUUUGGCUUCAGUCGAUCGCUGGCAUAACCCUGUUUUUUUUUUUCCAAAGGAGAGUGUGUAGCAGGGAGGGAGAAAGAGAGGGAGAGCAUUGAAGCAGCUUUUCUGACCAUCUGGACACUUGGAUGGCUUACUGGAUGAAACGCAAGCUGAUAAUGACUCAAGCUAAGUGGAGUGUGUGUCCAUGUCCACACACUCACACACACGCAGCCCAACCUUCUCAAAGUUCUCUUUUUAACAAGAUUGUCUUUAUGAGUGAGUCAGCUAUUGGUGUGUUUGCCUCGAGCAGGAUUCCUCGCUCUGUGAAAUCCCACUCAGUGCUGUUCUGUUGGUUUACUGCCAUACUCUCCACCCUCUUUCCUGUCGGCUUUUCUCAAAACACAAAGUAAAGAAACUGUAUUUUGUUAUAUAAAUGUAAAAUAAAAUUGUCUGUACAUAA